GUCGCGGCUCCUCGAAGGUCCUCGCAGGCAGAGGGAAAAAAAUUAUAUCGCGCGUUUGUCAAUAAAGAAUUGGCUUUCACCUUUGUUGCCUCUCAUUUCGCUUUGCUCUUCUCUGUUUGACAAGCCUCACCCCACAGAAGCAGAGCUCAGAACGUCAUUAUCGCAGGAACAGUCGACGCUCCGUUUGUUUAGCCGUCCGCCAUGGUUGAAUAUACUCCUCCACCAGCGGACCUGUCGCGCCUCAACCCUAUUCAGCGGUACAUGCAGAAGGGCCAACUCGACAAACAAGACUAUGUGUACCUAUUUCUCAUCGUCCUCGUCUAUUUCGUGGCCAGACCUAAGAUCGAAGAAUUCUUCAAGUGGUGGAUGAGCCCAAAGGAGCUGCAAGAAGGCGAACAGGCCCGAACAGCAUACAUGCAAAAGGCAAAAGUUGGACCAAACGUGAUACGCGGAAUCGAGUCCAGGAGUCUGGAGACGAUACCUGAAGUCUCUACCGAUACUACCACUGGCACCAAUGUGGAUAAGAACGGCAAGGUGAUCAACCGGAAGACAAAGGAGAAGUCGGGAACAGACAAGUUGUUAGACUGGGAAGACGAGCCAGAGAGAAAACCCGCGGAGGGAGACAAGUCAGAUGUUGUUGCGUGGCUCGACAAAUGGUCAAACGAAGAAUCAUGACAAGUCUCGAGUUGUCGUCCUUGCAUCGACUCGAUGCUGAGGGAGAGCUCGACAUACUUCAGAUGUGAGGUACACAGCAUGUGUCAGCAGAGGCAUUCGACCCAUGGGCAGACAUCGACUAGUCUCACUCAUCUUGAGCGCAGGCAUCGGCAGGUGUCAGGCUGGACGACAGGGAUCCAUGACGAUUGACGGUUUGGAGGCCAGAGGUUGGACGUCCUCCUUGAACUUGCGUUACUCGAGAAGCUGCCAAGAUGACCAGAUGCAUCUUGAUCCAUGGCUCAGAGCAUGGCAGGCCUGUCCAGUCAUUUAUGCUUGGGCAGAUGGUGACGCCCUGAUGUGCCAUUUAACUUGAUGGCUAUUUGUGGAGGUGCCUUGGACAUAGAACAAACAUGGCUGCGGAAUCCUCACAGUCAAAUCCUUCUUCGACCCGAACCCCGUUUGUUGUUCGAGUCCUUCCCAGCCCUAUGAACACUGCAGCUCUCGUCUGCAGAACCGCUUUGCUUCUGUCAGUUCGGUUGCUGGAGAAAGGCUUGCUUGACAACCACAGAACAUUCCGAGAUGCAUGCCGGAUGGAAGUGGAACGCACAACAAAUCUGUCACUCCGUAUUCGACAACGUGGAUUAGCCAACAGGUGUUGCGCAAAGCGACGCUACGUCAAGGUCACCCGUGGUGUGUAGUAUAAGGCUUAGGGCCCGGAACUCUCAAUUACAUGGACCCCGUCUUCCUCGCCAUUCACAGAGUGUACACGAAAGGCGGCAUCUUCGACUCGACAUACGAUUGUUGAGAACUCUGUACCAUGCUAUGGGACACGGACAGUCCAAGGGCAAGCUCCAGCUAAGAUAAGAAGAGGAAAGAGAGGCGCCCGGAUAGCGAGUUGCAAAGAAGUUUACUAGAUACCGACCGCUGCCAAGACAAGACAAGACAAGGCUGCUGGUCCCCUGAAGCGGGUGGUGGGCAGGCUGGAAGCUCGUCGUCGACUUUGAUGAGAUGAUUAACGCUGGUCCUCUCUCGCACCUCGUUUCUUUUCAGUAUACUAUUAUGCGAGCUCUUUGUCUUCUGCAACCUUAUAUACCUUCUCUCGCCUGACUUCCGGGCCUCGAAGACUGCAUAGUCCUGGGCGCAAAUCCGCACCUGCUAUGUCCACGAAUUGAGAGAAUGAUGCAGUGGUAUAUUGGCUGUGUCGAGAACCUGCAAGGGAACCCUGGCACCCUGUCCCAAGCUCCUUGCCAGCGUCCCAGAGGAACGGAGGCUUCUCUG